UUCUUUAUGCUAGUUUGCAACAAUUGGUGCAGAGCAAUUAAACUAAUGCAAGUGUUCCCCACCUAAAGCAAAAUCUUUGGAUUCUGCUACUCUCUUCUUUAAUUUAAUUUAGCUUUCUAUAAAUUAAAUCGUUCAAUUCAAUAUUCAUAUCAAACCCAGAUUUCAAACAAAUUCAUUAAACACAACUCCUUCAUUUUUUACACAACAAUGGCUUCCAGUUCCAGGUCUGAGCCCCUAGCAGAUCACAAAGAAGAAGAAGAAGCGAAAAAAUUGGAGAAAAAGCAGUUUCCGUCGCAAACGAGGUACAUACCUUUUCUUGUUCUAGCCAUAGUUGUGGUGAUGAGUCUAGCCAUGGGGAUUAUUUGGGCAGUGGUCAAACCCAAACGUCCACAGGUUGUUGCUGUAAAUGGUUAUAUUGUACAAGGUACUCGCAAAAUUUCUAGAGAUAACACUAGUCUCAAUGCUUCAGUGACAAAACACAGAAACUUGGGAAUCUAAACGGAAGCUUUCCUCUAAAACCUCGCGAUCAAAUGCCUGUAAAUUACACAUUUACAGCUGAAUUCUGGUCCAUUUAUAUUUUUAUGCCAAAGUACCUAUCGCAGGGACGUGUUACAUUAAGUGUUUUGUUCAAGGCGAAGAUAAGGUUUGAGGUUGCAGGUUGGAAGUCUCUGCCUCGCACUAUAAACAUUGACUGUUCGCCUUUAGUGGUGUUCGAUAAUGACAAAAAUCCACGGGCUCCAACUUUUAAACCCACUGCCUGCAAGGUUGAUUAUUAAUAUUAAGCAUGGAUGCAAAAUGAUAUUGUAUCAUUUUAUAAUUAUUUCUUUAAUUUUUCUUUGAUUUUAUUUUUGUUAACCUUUUUCUUUAGUUUUAUAUUUUUUUUCCUUUUUCUGUAGUUUUAUCUAAUUAUUAUAUGA